CAUGGCGGAGCUUACAGUUUAAGUAGGGAACGCCAGCGGACUUACGUUAGUUUUGCUUGCAGUUAAGUCAGCACCUUGCAGAAUAAAUGGCAAAGAAGAAACUGUAAACGUGGAAGGACUUGGUCUGCGUGGGACUGGAGAAAAUGGAACAAGUUGCUAGAUGUAAGUGAGCUGGACAAAUGUAGCUAGCUAGCUAGCUAGCUAGCUAUUUAUCGCUGUGUAGUGCAGUCAACAGCCUCAGGCAACAAAUAUGGCUUCGUGUGCCUUUUUGCUAUUUGUAACAAAGAAAUGCUGUAUCAAGCCAUCAUAUAUCAUGGCAGUGUUGCUCAAAUCGUACAAGUGACAACAAGGAAAGAAGUUCCUGCUUCAUUAUCGGGGUUCUGUUGGAAUUGAGUCGAGGUCAGUGUCUCCACCGAUAUAGCAAGAAGCUAGCUAACGUUAGUUAGCUACGGAACUACACGAACUGCCAUGGAGCCGAAGCACAAAGAGUUGUUACACCAGUGCCACCAGAACUUAUUGGAGUCCAUCACAGAUGCAGAACACCUGAUUGACUUGCUGAGUAAAUCAGGUACCCUCAGCGAGCGGGAGAGGUACGAGUUGGACCAGAACUGUUCCACCAGCUCGGAGAAAGUGGACCAUCUUUUGAAGAUGCUGAUGAACAAGGAACGCGACCAUUUCCUGGACCUGUGUGUGGCACUGGAGAAAACGUACCCUCACCUGUAUUCUGCCCUCUUCACCAACGGCGGAGCUCCCGCUGACCAUUCUGGGUCCACCUACAGUGUCCUGUCCACUAUGCCAUCCGAUUCAGAGAGCAGCAGUUCCCUCAGCAGUGUUGGUACCAAAGCCUCCUCCCCUCCCCCUGCGCUCAAUGACAAUCGGCCGACCAGCGAGAACCUGGACGCCGUCCUGUUCCAGCUGAGGCAGGUGACCAGGGAACGGGACGAUCUGCGUAAGCGCCUUGCCCUGGCCUCCCCCGGAACCACCUUCGAUGACUGCAGGCCGAAUUCCAAAGCCAGUCAUGACUACGAGCGUCUCAAAACCCAGUGUAUGAAGGCCAUGGCUGACCUGCAGUCGCUACAGAACCAACACACCAAGACCCUGAAAAGGUGCGAGGAGGCAGUGAAGGAAGCUGACUUCUACCAUCGUGUCCUGAGUGAUCAGUCUCAGUUGAAGGAGGAGAUGGAGGUGAUGAGGAGGGAUAAUUCUCAGCUGGUGAGAGAGCACAACCAUCUGAAGCAGAGCUGUGAGGAGCUGAAGCGACUGCACUCUGAAGACCAGAAAGAAGUGGCUGACAUGAGACUGCAGCACCAGCAGGUUAUUAGGGAGAACGGGUCAUCAGAGGUGCUGAAACUCUACGACACAGCCAUGGAUAAACUGGAGGGGCUGAAGAAAGAGUAUGACAACUUGAGCAAGCGAUACAGUGAGAAGGUGGCCAAUCACAACACGGACCUGAGCCGUCUGCAGCAGGCCGACGAGGAGAAUGGGCGACUGCAGAAGCAGAUUGAGACCUUGAUAAAGCAGAGAGACACGGCUAUCCACUACCAGCAGCAGUACUCGGCCUCUGUCCGCAGGUUUGACUCAGUGCAGCAGGAACUGAGCAAGGCCUCAGCACAGAACAAGGAGCUGCAGCGGGAGAUGGAGAGGCUGCAGUCAGAGGUGACGCGCUACAAGAACUUCCAACUGAAGGCAGCCAAGGAUGCAGAGAAGUACAAGGAGGAGCGUGACUCCGUGUUCAGUGAGUAUCGGCUGAUCAUGAGUGAGCGUGACCAGGUGAUCAAGGAGGUGGACAAGCUGCAGACGGAGCUGGAGGCGGCUGAGGCCCGCCUGAAGAACACUUCGUCGGAGAGGAUGGUGGCCAGCGAGGAGCUGGAGGCGCUCCGACAGGAGCUCAACUCGUCACUGGUGGAUCGAGACCGUGCCAUCUGUGAGCGGAAUGAGCUGCUGGAGAAGUACUGCCAUGAAGUUAAGGAUAAAGCGGAGGCACAGAAGGAGCUGAGUCAGGCCUGCAAAGACAUCGAGACUGUGCGCGAGGAGCGUGACGUGGCCAGGAAAGAACGCACAGAAGCCAUCAUCCAGAGGGACCAGCUGCUGCGCGAGUACUACCAGGCUAGACAGAAACAAGACACGGCCACUAUGGACAUGGAGCGGGCCAACAAAGAGAUCGAGGUGUUGCGUAAGCAGUGUGAGGCCAUGUCACAGGAGCUGAAGGAGGCCGUACAGGAGGCCGAGGUAGCCAAGUGCCGCCGGGACUGGGCUUUCCAGGAGAGGGACAAGAUCGUCGCCGAGCGGGAGAGCAUCCGGACCCUGUGCGAUAACCUGCGCAGAGAAAGGGAUCGUGCUGUUAGCGACCUGGCCGACGCUCUGCGCAACCUGGACGACAUGAGGAAACAGAAGAAUGAUGCGGCCCGGGAACUGAAAGAGCUCAAGGAGAAGGUGGAAUGCCAGAGAGAGAGGGAGGCACACUUCUGCCCACUGAUGGCACACAGUUCGCACGAUUCAGCCAUAGACACAGACUCUCUGGAGUGGGAAACUGAAGUGGUGGAGUUUGAGAAGGACAGGGAUGACAUGGAUUUGAAGGCUCUGGGGUUUGACAUCGCAGAGGGAGUGAACGAUCCAUAUAUACCAGGGGAUUGUGGGAUUUUUGUGACCAGAGUGGACAAAGGAAGUAUUGCAGAUGGAAGACUAAGAGUGAACGACUGGCUGCUGAAGAUAAAUGACAUUGACCUAACUAACAAAGACAGGACGCAGGUCAUCAAAGCCGUGCUUAAUGGAGGAGGCGUGAUCAAUAUGGUGGUUCGAAGGAGAAAGUCUUUAGGUGGAAGACUGGUUACUCCUGUCCACAUUAAUCUCGUCGGACACAAAGACAGUGGUAUAAGCCUGGAGGGCGGAGUCUAUGUGACGGCUCUAGCAGCAGGAAGCCCGGCUGCCAGGGAGGGUUCUCUCUCCAUCGGGGAUCGCCUCAUUGCCAUAAAUGGAAUCGCUCUGGAUAACAAAUCUGUGACAGAGUGUGAGGCUCUGCUAAGAGGCUGCAGAGAGUCACUCAGCCUUUCCCUCAUGAAGUUCUUCCCCCAGAGCACAUCAGGCCAGAAUAUCUUCGAGAGUCUCCGGGAGGUGGACAAGUCCAAUGGUAGGGUGCAUGUAACCGAGGUGCACUGUCGCAAUGGCCGCAAUCUCAAGCACAAUAGCUCCACCCAGACAGACCUCUAUAGCAGCGAGGUGGGUGGUGGCUGCGGAGAGAGGAGGAAACCCCGGGCUGACCCCGAGGAGGUCAUGUACCCGGAGCGAAAGCCCUUCUCUGCCUCAAGUCUGCGGCCCGCCUCCGAGCUGGGCUCCGCCCGCUAUGCUGGCAGCGCCUUCCACGAGGUCUGCUACACCCGCUCUGACCCGGCCCCUGAGUGCAUUGUACUGGAGACUGCGCCUGACAAGAGGCAUAGCGGAGGAACCUGGCCCAAAAUGGUGGCGGGGGUUGCCAUGACGACAGAUAGCCCUGCUCAACUCUCUAUCUACAAGUUGCCCAAUCAGAGGAAGUCCAUCUUUGACGCUGACACCUUCAAGAGACCCGACACGCCAUCUAAGGUGGAGUACCUAACCGGCCACUCACCGCAGCCCUCCAGAGCGGAUGGAGCCACAGCGCCUCCACCAGCUCCCCCUACGCGCAGCGACUCAUUCAAGUUCAAGCCGAAGCCAGCGGGCAGCUCCGCAUCGGACUCCACCAUCACGGAUGUGAAGCAGGGAGACCGCAACGGAAACCUGUAUUUGGUCGAGGGAGGGGCCAAGACACUGAGCUCACGGAAGUCCUGCGAGGAGGACAUCGGGCGCGUGCGGCCCGAGGAGCCCGACGUGAAGCGGCCACGGCCCAAGUCGGCCCCAGCACUGCGCCUUAGGAUGACGCCGCAGACCAUCCCCCUGCAGAGCUUCCAGAGCUACUCUAAUGAUGGGGACUGUUUAGAGCAGAGGGAGGUUUUGCGCUCCUCUCCUAAUAGACCUCACAGACACAGCAUGGGGUUCGUCCCUGCCGUCUACAAUGGGACCCUGCCACCCAACUCCACCCAUCGAGGCCUGUCACCAUGUACUGCGGUUACGGCAGUGAUGAGGAACCCUGUUUACACUGUCCGUAGUCACAGGCUGCACACCAGCAACUGUCCCUCCGUUGCCAGUCAGAUCUGCCAUCAACACACACAUACAAGUCCCCAGCACCAGGGCCGUCUUAGUCUGGACCUCACCCAGAAGCGACCUGUUGAGUGUUCGCGUUCCAGUCGGGCCUCUCACGGCACCAACUCGCUGCCAUCCAGUGCCCGACUCGGCUCAUCCAAUAAUGUGCAGCAUCGCACAGAAAGGAUCAAAAUCCCCUCCACCCCUCGGUACCCGCGCUCUAUGCUGGGCUCAGACAGAGGUUCCCUGUCCCACUCAGAAUGCAGCAGUCCCAGUCUCAUCACACCACCCCUGUCCCCGCUCAACCUGGAGACGUCCUCGUUUGCCUCCAGCCAGUCUCAGAACUCCAUCUCCACGCUGCCGCGCAUCUCAGUCAGCCCCGUUCCCACAGGAGAGCACAGGAAAGACAGAUCUCUGUACCGUAACAGGUCGUUUCUGAGAAUCCCUCUGGCUGCUAGGCCUCGGUUCUCCUCUCUCAGGAGCCUGAGGCCGUACCUGGAGGAGCCACGCAACGUCAUCGUGCAGAAGGGGGCGGAACCUCUGGGCAUCUCCAUCGUCAGUGGUGAGAAUGGAGGCAUCUUUGUGUCCAAGGUGACCGGAGGUAGCAUCGCUCAUCAAGCAGGUCUGGAGUAUGGGGACCAGCUACUGGAGUAUAACGGCAUAAACCUGCGCAAUGCCACAGAGCAGCAGGCACGCCUGGUCAUAGGCCAGCAGUGUGACACCAUCACCAUCAUGGCCCAGUACAACCCCCACAUGUACCAGCAUGGCAACCACUCUCGCUCCAGCUCUCGUGUGGAGCCAGUGAGCAGCCAGCCCACUCUGCAAGGCAGCGGAACGAUCACCCCGGAUAACCACUCCACCAUCGACACCCUCAGCGAGCAGGACGAAGGAACCCUCACACCUUCCUCUAAGCAGACGACACCUACCACCAGCCCGCACAGCUUCAGCAGAAUGUCGUCAGAGAGCUCUAAGAAGCUUGCGGAGGUUCGGGUGGUAUCUGUGAGGAAGUCUCAGAUGGAGCUGGGUGUCCAGGUGUGUGGGGGGAACCUGUGUGGGAUCUUUGUGGAGAGGCUGGAGGAGGACAGUCCUGCCGGGGGGGGCGAUGGCCUGAUGCCUGGAGACAUGAUCCUGGAGUAUAACUCGGUGUCUAUGAAGAAUAAGACUGCAGAAGAGGCUUACUUGGAAAUGCUCAAGCCAGCAGAAAUGGUCAUAUUCAAAGUCCAACAUCGUGCGGAUGAGUUCAUCCAUCUGAAAGACACUGAGGGAGAUGGAUUCUAUAUCAGAGCGCUGUAUGACCGUGUGGCAGAGAGCGAGCAGGACCUCCCCUUUAAGAAGGACGAUAUCCUGUACGUGGACAACACACUACCAAAGGGCAAUUUUGGUAUCUGGAUGGCCUGGCAACUAGAUGAAAAUGCACAAAAGAUGCAAAGUGGCCAAAUCCCUAGUAAAUACAUGAUGGAUCAGGAGUUCUACCGCAGGCACAGUAUGGGCGAGCUGAAGGACGAGGUGGGUUCCAGUAAAACACUCUCCGCCGCCGCCCGCAGGUCCUUCUUCCGUAGGAAACAGAAGCACAAACGCAGCAGCUCCAAAGAUGGCAAAGACUUGCUGGCCCUGGAUGCCAUCAGCACCGACUCCAUUCCAUUUUUAGAAGACUGUGUGAGCCUGGCCUAUCAGAGGGUGCAGAAGGUAGACUGCACAUCUCCCAGACCUGUGCUGAUCCUGGGUCCACUUGUGGACCCCGUUAAAGACAUGCUGGUCAGAGAGUCUCCAGGGAAAUUUAGUAGAUGCGUACUGGAGGUGAUGAAGGCCUCUCAGCAAGCCAUCGAACGAGGAGUGAAGGACUGCCUCUUCAUUGAUUAUAAACGGAGGAGUGGUCACUUUGAUGUGACAACCGUGGCCUCUAUCAAGGAGAUAACAGAGAAGGACUGUCACUGUUUGCUUGACAUUGCACCUCACGCCAUCGAACGGCUUCACAGCGUACACAUUUACCCAAUCGUCAUUUUCAUUCGCUACAAAAAUGCAAAGCAGAUAAAAGAACUCAAAGAUCCAGUGUAUCUGCGGGAUAAGGUAUCUCAAAAACAUUCCAAGGAGCAGUUUGAGGUCUCCCAGAAGAUAGAACAGGAGUAUAGCAAAUUCUUUACAGGUAUCGUCCAAGGAGGCACGUUACCCUACAUUUGCACUCAGAUUGUGACUAUAGUGGAUCAGGAGCAGAGUAAAGUCCUGUGGACUCCUCAGGGCUCUCCAUAGGUGUUGAACGCAGCCCUCUAUACCUACCACCUCUCACAACUGAGCUUACAAACACUAUGCUUUACACUCACACUACACACAAAGGUACACUACAGUGAGCAUCACCAUUAGUUAUCCUGUCAUUAUUCAUUUUAUUUGAAUUGUAACAUUUUGUUUAAUUGUAAAAGAGCCUCUUAUUUGUGUGUGCGCGUGUGUGUGUGCGCGCGUGUGUGUGUGUGUGUCUGCGAAGAUGCAGGAUUAUAGCACUGAAGUUUUUGUUGUUUUUCUUUGGUCUUCCUGACGGACAUAUAAUGAUUAGUAAUGCUGCAUCUAAGACACUUGUUUACAGAAGAAUCAGUCGCUGAAUUCUUUUAAUGUCUGCUUGAAUGUGUACUCUUCCUUUAUUUUAUAUUGAAGUUAUACCCCGUGUCCCCUCUCCUUACUCCCAGCCCAAAAUCAGCCCUGUAUCCUACCCCAGGUUUGACCAAAAUGCCACAUGUAUAUCUAUACAUUAGUUAAGAGUACUGAAAACAUGUUGUGGAUAAAGACUUGUGGAAAGCUUGUCUGUGUAAAUGUAAUGACCGUUGGUUGGAGUCAUAGUGCUUAUAUUUUGCUUUGCGUUGAGCAGCAGCCAAGCAGUUUUUACGGGCCAAAUGGAAGUGCCUUCGGAGAUCUCCUGAGCGUAUGACAAUGGCAUGUUUUUGAGGUGAAUGGCUGGUGUUUGAAACUCCUCAGAUUGCACUCCAGGGCUAGACAGACCACUGUGUUAAGAUUCUCAUAGAGGAGAAUAUAUUUAAAAGUGAACAUUGAAAUUUUAAAUGUAACACUUGUACUCAUGCAUACAGUACUGAAGUACAGGCACUCACUUAACCUGUAUGUGUGUAUUCUCAUAUAUAUAAUAUAGGUAGAAAAAACUGCAGUGUAGUAGACCAGAGAAACAGAACAUGUGAGACAGGUUCAUCAGUAGGUGCUUCUGAUGUUAUGAACAGCUGUUGAAGAACCUCUGAAAUGUCCUAUUUCUCUGGAAAGCUUGUGUACUACAUUGGA